AUGAGAGUCGAUUUCCCCAAACUCACAAUGAAGAAAUUCAGAUUAUCAGCAUCUCUUAUGUUUUCCAUUAUUACAUUCUCUCUCUUCAACAACUCACUCGCCGGUCUCCUUGCCGAACCGGCACAUCCCUUAAAACCCGGAGAUUAUAAUCCGAACACCGUCCCCGCAUUUCCGGUGCAGACCGAAGCCGAAAUCUGCCGGCUCGACUUAUCAGCUGAGUUAUUCGGUGGCGUAAACGACGCAUGCGGACAUAACCUCGACCGUAGCCGGUGCUGUCCAGUCCUAGCCGCUUGGCUUUUCGCGGCUCACGCUCGGUCUGCUCUCCAAGUCCAGCCGGCUGAGCCGCCGGCGAGUUCGGACCUUCCGAUGAUGCCCGAUGACUCGCAGAAGUGUGUUAACUCGCUCCAGAGUUCGCUUCAGAGUCGGAACAUUCACAUUCCUCAGCCGAACUCGUCAUGCGACGCUGUCUUGUGCUUUUGUGGGAUUAGGCUUCAUCAGAUUAGUUCCCUGAGUUGUCCGGCGGCGUUUAACGUCACGACUUCGCAUCUUAACGCGACUCCGACUGCUGCGGUGAGGAAUUUGGAGAAGCAUUGCCGGAAUUCUUCGUACGCUGGGUGUACUAAGUGCCUCGGAGCUCUACAAAAGAGGCCACUGGCAAAUGGAUACGCAAAGGCCAGACGUAUCCAGUUAAAAGGUGAGGGUAAAAAUGGAACCCACGAUGAUGAAGACGGCAACGGUGACAGAUUGAACAAGAUGUUCAACAGAGACUGCCAGCUAAUGGGGCUGACGUGGCUACUAGCAAAGAACAAAACGGCGUACAUACCAACCGUUUCAGCUGUAUUGCGGGCCAUCAUGUACAGUGCGCACCCACCCCACCAGUCCAAGUGUAGCCCUGACCAGGAGAACAUGCCCUUGGCCGUGAAUUCACUCCAGUUCGAAAAGACCGAUUCAACGUCGUCGUCGUCCACUGUUACUUUGCCUAUCAGUGCAUUUACAUUUUUGCCCCUAAUCAUUCUACUUUGUUUGUGUAAUGAUCUGUUCGGCUUCUUGUUUGUUUGGCCUUUUACUUAA